AUGAAGUUGUUGAUACCAUUUUUGUUUGCGGCUACGGUGCUUGCGGAGAAUGUUCCGAGCCAAUUCUAUCCCCUCAACAGAAAAGGUGAAAUACCCACCAUACAGCCUUACACCUUUGGUCAGGAUGUCUUCAUUGAUUGCAUAACCCGAAACAUUGACAACGGAGAGCACAAAUUUGAUAGUAAUGAUCGUAUUGUUUAUGGAGCUUUUCCUGUUUGCAAGGAAAGUGGUAAACCACUUUCUUUUCAUUACGGUGUUUCGGAAGACAUCAAUUGUACGAUCAGCUUCACGGAUGAACUUUAUCAUUUGUUCCAGUUAUACAUUCACGAGGAUUCUCCUUUCAGUUGCAGAAUUCCACUUAGCACCGAGGCAAACUCAUUGGAACUGGGCGGGGCCUACAUUCCAUUGACCUUCAACUUCAGGGGAGAAAUUCACGAUUCUCAUCUUGACAUUGACAACCAUAUGAACCUCAUUAUCAUGAAGCCUCCAACUAACCAGCCAGAGAGACAGACAGUCAUUUCGGCGGUGGCUUGGUCUUCGGGUACUAAUGCAACCCGUGUGGUUAUAGGUGAAGAUGUAACUCUUGAGAUCGGAGUACGUUGGAUUGACAAUGUCAAACCUUCCGCUGGUAGAACAAAAGGGUUCAACAGCUUGCCUUUCGAUGAUGGUUUCUACAAACUUCCUAUGAGCUCAGUGCCAAUUAGCAUGAAAGUGUUACUCUUCCUUUUUGUUGCCGUCGCCCUUGUAGCGUCGAGUAUCUCUUGUGGAGGUGCGUCGAUGAAGUAUAAGAGACGCGGCUACAGAACAGUGGACACAGAGUCUGGUAUUGCUAAGCAAGACUAG